AAGCUUGCAAUUCUAAUCAAGCCAACAAGCAUAUAUAAUUAAAAUAAUUCUGCCAUGACAAGUGUUGCAACAAGGAUGAAUCACUUCUUUAGCACAAAUAGUAUUCCAAUGGAUUUACAAGCAGAUGACAUAACUGAUGAGCUUCCAAAGCGAAGGGCAUUUUCUCGAGUACGAAAAUUGUCAAAAAGACUCUCGUCAACUUUCAAAUCUUCUUUUUCUCUUCGUGAUGCCACAGAGGAUACACCAGUAGCCUCCAUUGAUCGAAAUUUAACACAGAAGAAUAAGGGGCCAAAGACAGGCCUAGGAAGAGUAUUGUCAUUACAAACAUUUCACGAGUCUGAAGUUUUCAAAGACAAAACUGGAACAGAACAAACAGAAAAAAUGCAGAAUCACAGUAUUUUUAGCACUAUGAACCUAUCCACAGAACACCCACAUGAUAAUAUAAGAAGAGUUCUAUCAGUACCUGACUCAGCGGAAAUGCGCUCUUCGUCUCCUUAUGGUAAACUUGAGUAUUACACUAAACUAGAACAACUUGGUGAAGGAUCCUAUGCUACUGUUUAUAAAGGAGUCAGCAAGAUAAAUAAUAUACUUGUGGCAUUGAAAGAGAUCAGACUACAGGAAGAUGAGGGUAUACCAUUCACAGCUAUUAGAGAAGCGUCACUAUUAAAGGACUUAAAGCAUGCCAAUAUUGUUCGACUACACGACAUUAUUCCAGCAAAAAAACACCUGGUUUUGGUAUUUGAAUACCUACAUACAGACUUAUGCAUGUUUCUAGAAGAGAGACCGUUUGGAUUGCAUGCACAAAACGCCAAGCUACUUCUGUUCCAGUUGUUUCGUGGUCUUUGUUAUAUUCAUCAAAAAAAGAUUUUGCAUAGGGAUAUUAAACCUCAAAAUAUUUUGUUGAGUAAUCGUGGAGAGUUAAAAUUGGCAGAUUUUGGAUUAGCUCGUGCGAAGUCAGUUCCUAGCCAAACGUAUACAAACGAAAUAGUCACUUUGUGGUAUAGACCACCGGACGUUUUACUUGGUUCGACACAUUACACAACCUCACUGGAUAUGUGGGGUGUUGGCUGUAUCUUUGUAGAGAUGAUUAGCGGUUACCCAUUGUUCCCAGGUGUAAAAAGUGCACAAGAUCAGUUAAAUAAAAUUUUUAAAGUGACUGGAACACCUACUGUCGAGGAAUGGCCACAUGUAAACAAUAUUUUGUACACUCGCGACGACUUUGUAAAGUAUCCGAAGCAAAAGUUAUCCAAUCAAGUACCGCGGCUACGUAUCAUCCAAUAUGCGUCUGAGAUGGCUGAUAAAAUGUUACAGCUUGAACCGACCAAUAGGAUAUCUGCAUCAGACGCAUUACAUCAUAAAUAUUUUAUAGACUUACCGAAAAGCAUUUAUGCCUUACCCGCAGUGACGUCAAUAUUUACUAUACCUGGUAUAAAAAUGGCGGAUGAUCACAAAAGACCGGAUACUGGAAGGCCUAGAAGCAGCCAAAGUAACCACGGACACUACGUAUGAUGUCAUUUGUUAAAUUGAUGCUGACCUCUUGUGUGAAACGGAUAGGCUGUCCAGCGAGAAGAAAAAUUGUAAGGAAAUCAACCGAAGCAUGGUAGAUAGUGUUUCGACAAAAUUAUGUUACCUUGUGUUAGAGAAAAGGAAUUUGCGGAACCGUGAAUUUGGACAGUCACAAGCUCGAGAGAGUUAAGAAACGACCAAAGCAAUUUGACACUGGCACGAAUACAUCAAAAAGCUAGUUCACUGUUCUGCUGUUUUUUAGCAUUGCUAAAGAGCGUACAUUGGUUAAAGCAGGUUUUGUUUACGUGAAAUAAUAUUAAUUUAUUUAAUUUUUUAAAUAUGUUCAGAAUUAAGUAUUGUGUAUCGGUUUAGUUUUAUGUUUAAAGUUUUCUAUGUCUAAAUACUAGUGAUGCCACAAUUCACAAUAGAAAUGUUUUAGACGCAGAUUGUUAAAUGCACUCCCUUUUUGUCAAAACGCUAAACAAUUCUUUAUUUCCGUAUUUUAAAGACUUAAACGUAAGAAUAUUCAUUAAAAAUGUGUACUACGUUGGCUAUUAAACAUCUCUAUAAAAAUGUUCUGCAUUUUAGAAAACUGACUUUUCAAAAGAAAGAAACCUACACUAACUGAUUUUUUAAUUAACUAGUCACGGUAAAUUUAACUUUCAUUGUUCAUCCCUUUGAUUUUUACUUUUUCCCGGCUUCGAUUGAAAUCUGCAAAACACAUUUUGAAAAGAAGUUUACAAUUUAUUUCGUAUUUCGUUUUAUUUUGAAAUCAUGUUUUCCGAUUUUUUGCACUAAUAAUAAACUAGUUAUCGCGCUGAAGCCUUGAACAAUUAUAUUAUUACGCUUAGUCUGUCACUUUGUACGGGGCAAUGUUGAUAUGUUCACUUUUCUUUGGUGUCGCCAAAAAGUUACGUCUCAAAUGUUAAUCGACAAAUUAAACGUCACGACGUCAACAACAUUAAUUUAAAGUCAAAAGCUUUAAUUAAUGAAGCCAUUACAAUGCACCUAUAACUUUCAAAUCUAGGUUGAUAACGUUGUCAGAAAACAUUUAAAACCUUAAUAUUUCUAUACACGUUUGUCAAAAGUACAUAAUCCUGACAUUUUCUUGAUCAGCGUUUCAAGAUCUUUACGAUGAAGGCAACGGAUAUACAAAUUGUACAAAAAGUUUUGUAUUGACAGAUCCUUGCUGACGUCAUUAAAAUUCAAGUGAGGUUUCUCUUUUCCUUUGUUUUCCUGCAUUAGCGGAUUUUUUCACGGACCUUAUUAAUUAGUCUAUCUUACAUAGUGAUGCCUGUCUAUCUGAUUUUUUCAAAGGUAAUGUUUUUAUGUCUCGUUUUUUACCGACAAAAUAGCUAUCGGUUGCUGUUAAUACAUUAUUUUGACGUCAAUGACUGAAUUAUCAUUAGUGAAGCACUUUUACGUUUAAGGCUUGGAACUAGGGACUUCUACCUAAAAGCAUUUUAAGGCCAAUUUUAAUUCGCCCGUUUCGGAACCAACGGGAUGAUGCCGUCAUCAAAAAAACUUUAAACACAAAUAUCUCCUAAACCGUUAAUCUAAAGUACAUGAUUCUAUACAUUUUCUUGAUCAAAAUUUCAAGCUCUAUACAAUGUAAGUAACUAAAUCAUAUUUAAGGGAAAAAAAUUGUGUAAUCGGCUGGAAAUUAACCAGACAACAAUAUCAGAACUUAAAAUAUAUGUCAUAUUGUACUCUGCACAGUGCGAAAACUAGUGCUUAUUAUUUUUUAUCUUUCAAGAUACUUCAGAACAAACCGAUUUGAAUUAAUUUAUCUCGGUCAGAAUAUUAAAACUAACAGGUGUAUUUGCGCAUCAACGUUAUUUUAAGAAUGUGCACAACCCCCGAUCCAUGAACCUUAGUUUACGAUGUUUAUUAGAUUGUGUAUUAGAUUGUUAAUAACAAGCAUUUUUGUUAUAAUAACAGUAUAUUAAAAUUUAUUUUAAAAUUA